GGUUCGCCCUUUGUUGGGUCAGUCAAAAGUUCGACACGACAUCGUCGACAACGCCGUCACCCGUGCAUGUAUAAUAAUAGUUACAUGCAUCUGUAAGACAGUUUUCCUUUUUUUGUUAGAUAUUAUUUUUGAUUUUCAUUAAAUUUUAUUAUUUCGUCAUGUACGAUUUUUAACUGAAAUAUUCAUGCAUUGUUAAAACGUGAACGUUUAUUAUUUACCUAUUUUAAUUUAAUUACAAUUUUUGUUUUGGCCAAUUCUUCCAACGUCUCAAUGUCUGGCUGUCAUUUUAGAAAUUGCGUCCGAAUCGCCAGCAAUGGAAGAUGAUAAAGGAGCAGGCCAUAGACGGUUGUUCUUCCAUCGGGACCAUCGAUAGCGAAGUGUUUACGAUUGGGAGGACAUUUUAAGAGACAAUCGAGAUGAUGGACUAUGACGGAAGCGAAUAUUCUAUACUGUUCGGUAUCCGUCAGGUACCGUGUGAUGAAUAACUCGAGCAAAAGUUUCUUCAGAUGGAUUAUUUCAGAAAUAUUCUGCUGCUGGAAACAACAGAACGAACUUUCCGAAAACUUGGCCGUGAGUUACACGGAGAUAACGCACUCAAAUACGGCAGAAGUAUUGGAACUGCAACCACUUACGCUGCGGAACUACGUGAACUCGCUGGAGCCGUACAAUCCGGAAGUGCACGGCUGGAGGGAUACCACGCCACCCGUUAUGCGAUCUGUCAAGCACAGCGAACGAGCUACACAGCUAGUAAAAGCCAUACGUAUGUCAGGGCUACAGGACAUAGAAAUACUAGGCGUGCCCGAUGGACACAGCUAACGACGGCGUUUGCCGACACCGUCCCGUACGUCCAGACGCCGUCGUGAAUCUUGUACAUACGACACCGUACCACGAAAUGUAAUAUUGUUUAUUGAUAAUAAAAAAAUCGUUUUAUCUGUU